AUGGGUAAAGAGAUGAAUGAUUUACUCAAACAGUGCAUUGAUUUGCCUCAAAUAAAAGUAAAUGAUGAUGUCGAUCAAAUAAUACAGAAAAGCCAGACAUUUCCUAUUCCAUUUCCCGUUAAUAAAACCAGAUUAGAACCAUUGAGGGAAAGAAAACCAAUUGAAAGGGAAUUUGGAUCUUCUAUAGAAAAAACAUUGUAUUGUAAUAUGACAGUGCCUGAGUUUAUUGAUAGACUGUUAAAGAAGCGCGCCGUUACAUUUAUGACUAAAAAGGACACAUAUAAACUGUUGACGGGAGAGACUGGAAACGGUGGUUGGGAACAAGUAGGUACACUGCAGCAAAAGCCACCGCUAGAGUUAGAGACCUGUUAUAGUUAUGAUGAAAUUAAAUUAAGUGCAAUGGUCUACGUUAGUGGAUACACAGAGUGUAUCAAUGAUGGGAAUCGGUACAAUCAGGGGAUUAUUAAUGAGAAAAAUGUAGAAGAGGACGCUUUAAUUAUUGGUCAUAUAGGCCCUCGAUUCGAUCGACCAGAAAGAAUGGAGUAA